AUGUCUAAGAUUGAGUGGGCAAGCUCGUUAGACAUUCUGUAUGAUGCUAUGUCCAUGUUGCAUGAACAAGGUGAUCUUCUCGAUGAGGUCAAGCCGCAGCUACAGCCACAAAAUCUUAUCGAAGAGAAGCGUAUUGAUAACACCGUUAAACUAUUCUAUAGCAUUAUGAAUGGUCAUGGUGCUAACCCUUUCGCGAGCCACUUUAGUAAACUAUAG